CGAGCGCAACGAUGGCGACGAAGAAAGCAGCGGACCAUACGCUGUACCACCUAGCACCGCGAGGAUUUUGGAAGAGGUUUCGCGAUGCGGUCGUCGUAAACCCCGAGAUUUCCAGUGGUUUGCCACUGCCUGACAAGAACAGGUAUCCCCAGCCUGCUUCGCGUCCUGAGAGGUACGCGACGCCAGCAACGAAAGCGUCUGAUCCAGCGCAGAACCCGUACUGGAAGCGCGACGUACGCCGCGCGUACCCUCAGCUAUCAGUCGUUACUCAGGAGGAGCUCGCUACUUUCCUCUUGCAAAAGCCCGAACAACCAGCCGUCGACGCUCCAACAGAGGGCCAGCAACAGCCAGCAACCUCAGCGGAAGGCGCUUCUGUACCUGCGACGCGUGCACCCGCUGUCGACCUCACCGCGGCGAUAGCAACAAUAACGGAUGCUCGGAAAGCUUACUCCGAAUCACGCCUUCCACCAACACCACCAAUUGCACAUAGAAGAUGGAGACCGCAGGACGCGCCGGAUGCACCGCAUGACCCUCAUGCGUAUUUCCCGAUGUCAUUGGUCAAGUAGGUAGAUGCCAAGAUUUAACCGGUUAAUCAUUGGUAGAAGGUGCGGCCGCUACAAAUGAUAAUUGCAAUAUACCGUGAUGAAUGC